CCGACAGGUCCACACCGAGUGUCUUUCCCUUCUACUCACUGAAUCUUUUACGCUGGUUAGACAUCGCCGUCACAGCAUAGCAGCAUGGCUUCCUCCUCGUCACGUUCAAGGGCGGCAGUAGUGGGCGCAGGCCCCGUAGGCUGCCUCGCCGCCCUUUCCCUCGCCAACCGCGGUUUCGAUGUAGACGUCUAUGAGCGUCGCAGCGACCCUCGCCCUCCGCCUCAAGCUCAUGCCAGCAGCAGCAGCAGCAGCAACAAUGAUACGCAGCUGGCUGAAAAAUCCGCCCCUACGAAGCCCAUCGACCGCAGCAUCAACCUCGCCAUCUCCGCACGCGGACUCAAGGCCCUCAGCGCCGUCCAGCAUUCGGACAGUCAAGGGGAGAAUCUGGCAGAAGUCCUCCUCCGUCAUGCUGUCCCGAUGCGGGCUAGGAUGAUUCAUACCAAGGGCGAUGGAAAAGCAGGAGGGGCAGGACCAUCGAGCAAUAGUCAGGCGUACAGCACGGCUGGAGAGCAUAUCAAUUCCGUAUCGAGGAGCUUGCUCAAUACCCUCCUCGUUGAAGCGGCUGCUGCACACCCAAAAGUGAGCUUGCACUUCGACUGUAAGCUGCGCGCUAUUGACCUGGAGGCCAAAGAGCAUGUCGGUGAGAAGGAGGCGCAGGGGCAGUGCUCCCUCAGCUUCGACAGCUUUGAGGGCAAAGAGGAGAAGAGCACAAGAUGGGCAGACCUCGUGGUGGGAUGUGACGGGAUCAACUCGAUUGUGCGCAACACUCUCGCGAGGCUCGUACCGCUCAACUUUCAUCAGGAGUACAUCGACUCGGAAUACAUCGAGCUACGCAUCCCACCAGCUCAAGCACCUACUCAGGACCCCUCUUCCUCUGCAUCUUCCUCUUCGUCCUCAUCUCGCACGGACAUCGAAUACGCCCUCGACCCACACCACCUACACAUCUGGCCACGCCAGACCUUCAUGCUCAUCGCUCUAGCCAACCUCGACCACUCCUUCACCUCGACCCUCUUCGCCCCCAACUCGAUCCUCUCAACCCUAACCACUCGCGAAGCCGUACUGCGCUUCUUCCGCCAAGAGUUCCCCGACGCUCUUCCUCUAUUUGGUGAGGAGGAGCUGGUGGAGAUGGUACUGCGUCGAGGUGGAAAGGGGGCGAGAUUGUCCAGCAUCAAAUGCGAUCCUUACCAUUACGGUGGGAGGGCAGUGAUUUUGGGGGAUGCAGCACACGCUAUGCUACCCUUCUACGGGCAGGGGCUCAACUGCGGUUUCGAGGAUGUUGGAGUCUUUGCCGAGCUGCUCGACCAGCAUGGGGUGCGAGGAGACCACCCGUCCUCCUCUGUGGGCCUUGCGUCAGCCCUUUCCCAGUACACCCGCGACCGGCAUGCCGACCUGGUUGCCAUCGUGGACCUCGCGGCGGACAACUAUCGCGUCAUGUCCUCCUCGGUGGUAGACCCGCUCUACCUGCUACGCAAGCAGCUCGACUCGUUGCUGAUGACAUGGCUGCCCAAGGGGUGGUGGAGCAGCUUAUACUCGAUGGUGACGUUUAGCCCAGACGUAGGGUACGCGAGGGCGAUGCAGAGGGAGGAGUGGCAGCAGAGGCUCCUACAGAGGGUCAUCGUCGGUGGAGGGGCAGCAGUCGUUGGCGCAACCGUGGGUUUGGGAUGGGUAUGGCGCCGCGGAGGAUUGGAGAGGUUCACGACGCCUUUCGUACGUCGAGGCUCUGCGUUGUAAAGUGGGCAGUGGUUCGGAAUCCGAGACCUUGCACUUGCACGUCGUCUAGCUUUGUGGCUGCCUGAUCGAGGCUGAAGGCGUCGAGUUGGAGCGUGGCAGUUACAUCGUACGCAUCUACGGAUCCCUCGUCGAACUGAAAGCGUGAAGCCGAGUUGCGAGGCGUAGCAGCGCCGAACCAAGCCAUCUCUGACAACGCCUUUGCGGUGCGAGGACCAGCGUCUCCGCCUGCGUGAUGAGUGGAGGUGGCCUCGACACUCAUGUAGCCUUCUGCUGAGUAGGAUAUGGAAGGAGCGCUCGCCUCGAAGCAGGAGGGAGAGUCUGUAGGGGUG